CAUCGGGAAAGUAGUGUUGGCGUUUCGUCUGGCAAUUUAAGUUCGUAAAAAGUUUUUCCCUAAUUAAAAUUUUUAAUUUGAAAUAUUCGCGUGUUUUCGCUGUGCAUUUCGUUACUUUAGUGGAUUACAUGACUUUAAAUGGUAUAUUUAGUAACGCAGUCAUCAUUUUGAAGAGGGGGUGGGAAUGGUUAGUGAUGAGUCCUGCAAAGCAUAAUGAGCUCUUUUCAAAGUGCUGUUGAGCAGCCCGACGACUAUUCUGAUCAACAGGAAAAUGAACUUGAGGCCCUUGCAUCCAUCUAUGGUGAUGAUUUUGAGGACAUCCGGGAAAAAAAGCCCUGGAAGGUUAACCGCCCCCCAGAAGUGUAUUUAUACCUACGUCCCAAGGGUCUGAGCUCUCGACAAGAGAUUUAUGUGACAGUGGAUCUACAGGUUAAAUGCCCACCUAAGUACCCUGAUGUACCUCCAGAACUUGAACUGAAGAAUGCCAAAGGGCUCUCGAAUGAAAAUCUUCAGAACCUCCAGACUGAACUCAGUAAUCUGGCUGCAGACCUCUGUGGCGAGGUUAUGAUAUUCCAGCUGGCAGAACAUGUGCAAUCAUUCCUCAGCGAACACAAUGUUCCACCACCCAAGUCCUUCCAUGAGGAGAUGCUGAAGAACCAGCAGCGGCAGCAGGAGAAACAGGCCCAGGAGGAACAAAAGAGGAUCGAUCAGCAGAGGAAACAAGCAGAGCAGAUGCAAAAUGAGAUCCUUGCAGAGAUCCAGAGAAGAGAAGAGGAGAAGAGAGAAGAAAAGAAGAGGAAAGAAAUCGCCAAACAGGAGCGUUUAGAAAGUGUGGCUCUGGCCAGUCCAGAGAGCCCUAUCUCAGGGAAGAUUCCCCCCAGUUUCUGUGGAUCCACUGUAGAGCAGAUAGAUGCCAAAAGAGGGAACAAUCGAAAACGAACCAAUUCCAAUGGGCGCAGCAGGCGUGAUCAACAGUAUUCCUCAGGUAGCAGUGAUGACAGCCCCAGACCACUUGAAGUGUUGUACUUUAGUAAUGGAGCUUUGGGAGACUUUACUGUCCAUAGAGGGAAAUGUAUUGGAGAGAGUGUGAAGUUGGGUCGCAGUGUGUACUAUGCCUUAGAGUCCAGUUCGGGGGAUUUUGCAGUUGUGUACGAGUGGAUUCUGAGGUGGAGUAAGAAGAUUGGAAAGUUUUUCACGAGCCAAGAAACAGAUAAAAUAGAAAAGUGUAAAAAGCAGAUCCAAGGAGCAGAAUGCGAACUGAACUCUUUGCUGAAGCUUGACCACCCCAACCUUGUGCAUUAUACUGCCUUGAACCACAGGGAGCAGGAGGACUGCAUUGUUGUCGACCUCUUAGUGGAGCAUGUCAGUGGGUCCAACCUUUCCCAGAAUCUCAGCACUCCACUUUCAAUCGACAAAAUAUGCCACUAUGCCUCCCAGCUCCUCAGCGCCCUUGAUUAUCUCCACAGUAACUCUGUCGUGCACAAACUGUUGUCCGCCUCCAGUGUCCUGGUGGACGGAGCAGGUAAUGUCAGACUCACAGACUACAGUAUCUCCAAACGUUUGGCUGACAUCUGCAAGGAGGACAUCUUUGAGCAGCCUAGGGUGCGCUUUUGUGAAGACACUUUGCCAAGCAAGACUGGAAAGAAAGGAGAUGUGUGGAGCCUAGGCCUGCUCCUGCUUGCUCUGAGCCAGGGAAAAGAAGUCAAGGAGUAUCCAGUGUCUAUCCCUAGCAGCUUACCCAGUGAAUUCCAAGAUUUUCUCAACAAGUGUAUUUGUAUGAAUGAUGCUGAGCGCUGGAACACUCAGCAGCUUCUUAAGCACUCAUUCAUCAAUCCGCCUUUGGUGAAAACACCCAUACAAGGCAAUGAAGACAGCCCUGAAGACACAGGAGUAGACUUUGCCUCAACGGUUAUUCCUUACAGCCACAUCCUCAAUGCCCCUUUCAGCACAGAAAUACAGAAACAGUUUUCACGGUAUUUUAAUGAGUUUGAGGAGCUCCAGCUUCUAGGAAAAGGUGCAUUUGGUGCUGUAAUAAAGGUUCAGAACAAGCUUGAUGGUUGUUACUAUGCCGUGAAACGGAUUCAGGUGAACCCGGCUAGUAAGCAGUUCCGCAGGAUAAAAGGGGAAGUCACACUGCUUUCUCGGCUUAACCAUGAAAAUAUUGUGCGGUACUACAAUGCCUGGAUUGAGAAGCAUGAAAUGCCCUCAACUGGGGUCCUGAGCAAUGACAGCUCUGAGCCCAAGAGCUCCCCAGUGACGCCUCCGAGGGCCCGAGUGAAUGAGCUUGGCAUGGUGGAUGAUGUAGAAGACAACGCGCCACCUCCGGCUUUGGCUAGCUCUGUGGAGUGGAGCACCUCCCUGGAGAGGUCUUCCAGUGCCAAGUGCGGUGGGGGGGAUGAGGAGUCGAGCGAUGACGAAGAGGAGGAUGAAGACGUUUUUUGUCCGUCAUUUCUGCCAACAAACAGCGACUCAGAAAGUGACAUAAUUUUCGAAAAUGGCGACGGCAGUAGAGACAGUUUUACAGAGGAAGAAGGGAGUAAAAGGAAAACAGUGGAGACUACUGGGAGCAAUGAACUGGAGAGGCCUGUCCUGACAGCUCAUUAUCUGUAUAUUCAGAUGGAAUACUGUGAAAAAAGCACUUUAAGAGAUACCAUUGACAGAGCCUUGUACCAGGACUCCAACCGUCUCUGGAGGCUUUUCAGAGAAAUUCUGGAUGGACUGGCGUACAUCCAUGAGCAGGAGCCAAAAGGAGAUAAGACCAUAAUACAAAGAGCUGAGAAGAAUGGAACUUGCAUGUCAGGCCUGGUUACGAAGAAACGGUGCAGGAGAUUCGCAGGAGGACAGGCGGCCUGGUGGGGUUCCGAAAAGGAUAAUAAUGGCAUGCAACAUCCAGCAUUUUCCAACUGCAGAAAACAAUCCCCUGUAGCUGGAAUGAUUCAUAGAGAUCUGAAGCCUGUGAACAUCUUCUUAGAUUCCAAUGACCAUGUGAAAAUAGGAGACUUUGGACUGGCUACAGAUCAUCCAGCUAAUGUGGCUGCAGACAGACUAGAGAUAGAAGAGAGUGGGUCAGCAUCAAUACCUAAGCAAGAUCCAACAGACAAUAUGACUGGUAUGGUCGGCACUGCCUUAUAUGUCAGUCCAGAGGUCCAAGGAAAUACCAAAGCUACAUACAAUCAGAAAGUGGACUUGUUCAGUCUGGGAAUUAUCCUGUUUGAGAUGUCAUACCGCCCCAUGACUACUGGCUCAGAGCGCAUCUCUGUACUUAGCCAGCUACGUCUGCCAUUCAUUGUGUUUCCAGAGGACUUUGAUGAAGUUAAAAAUGCAAGACAGAAGGUGGUAAUCCAGUGGCUGCUGAAUCAUGACCCAGCCCUGCGGCCUACUGCUGUGGAGCUUCUCAAAAGCGACCACCUGCCCCCUCCUCAGAUGGAGGAGUCGGAGUUGCAUGAAGUCCUGCAUCACACCAUGGCCAAUGUAAAUGGCAAAGCCUAUCGGACUAUGGUCAACCAGCUGUUCUCUCAGAGCAUCUCCCCUGUCACAGAAUACACUUAUGACAUGGAUGUGUACAAGGGCAGUUUUUCUGCUUCAAGUGCCAAAAUACAACAGCAUGUAUUUGAAACGGUUAGCAGGAUCUUCAGAAAACAUGGGGCAGUGAAGUUACAAACACCCCUUUUCAUGCCAAAGAAUAAGAAGCUUUAUGAGAGCAGUGAGGUGGUGUGUUUUAUGGACCAUAGUGGCAUGCUUGUCACUUUGCCCUAUGAUCUCAGACUCCCUUUUGCAAGAUUUGUGGCAAGAAAUAACAUUACGAAUUUAAAACGGUACAGUAUUGAAAGAGUCUUUCGUCCUCGGAAGUUAGAUCGCUCUCAUCCACGGGAACUGUUGGAAUGCGCCUUUGACAUCGUCACAACCACAGCCAACAGCCUUCUUCCUGAUGCAGAGACUAUAUAUACCAUCUCCGAAAUCAUUCAGGAGUUCGCUGUGCUUCAGUUACAGAGUGAAAAGUUGACUCGACGUGAAGUUGAAGCCAAAUUUUGCAAUCUUUCUCUUUCUACAAAUAGUUUACAGACGUUGUACAAAUACAUUGAGCAAAAAGGGGAGCUGAGAGAGCUAAAUCCUUUGAUCUCCAACCUGACAAAGCAGAAGACUGCUGUCAGUCAGCUGACCAAACAGGGUGUGAAGGACCUGGAGGAAGUCACAGAGCUGCUGAAGAAACUGGGAGUCAAACUACAGGUGGUGAUUAAUCCUGGUCUGGUCUAUAAAGUUCAGCAUCACAGAGGAGUCAUCUUUCAGUUCGUGGCCUUUAUCAGGCGCAAGCGUCGUAAUGUGCCGGACAUUGUAGCAGCUGGUGGGAGAUAUGAUCAUCUGAUUUCAGAGUUCCGAGGGCCAGAGUCCUCUGCACCAACCCUCUCUGCUGUGGGGGCCAGCCUUGCUCUGGAUAAGGUCUGCACAGCCCUGACCAACAUGGAAGAACCUCUUUUAGUAAGCUCCUGCGAUGUGCUGGUGGUGCCAGUUGGCCAGACAUCAAUGGUGAGAGCUAUCAACGUCAUUCAGAAGCUGUGGAGUGCUGGGGUAUCAGCGAAUAUAGUAUAUGAUGCCUCACAGUCUCAAGAAACUGUUCAGGAACAUUGCAGACAAGCUGGAAUCGCCUGCAUUGCACUUGUUUCUGACAAAGAAGGAAACUACAUCAAGGUCAAAUCAUUUGAAAAGGACAGGCAAUCAGAAAAACGAAUUCCAGAGACGGACUUGGUAGAUCACAUCAUUCAGAAAUGUCGGACCAAAUUGAAUGACGAGAGGAGUACCAGAGAAAACUCUGAAAGUGGUUUACUUCAGAACCCCAAGGGAUCACUUUUGGUUACUUCAGGAUCGUCCGAGCCACAUGGGAGCAAUACAAUGCUGAAUGUGAAUGUCAUCUCUCCAGAGAAAAUUUCCGCCAGCACAAGACGGCGUUAUGAAACACAGAUACAAACCAGACUGCAGAAUCUUGCCAGCAAUUUGCAAAACAAGAACAAUGAUAUUGAAGUUUUAGCUGUUGAGCUGCCCAGGGAAAUUCUAAUUAGCUGCUUGUCACUGGAGUGUGAUGGGGAUGAGCAGAUGUUUAAUGCCAGUGUCAAGCAGUUGCUAUCUCGACAUCCAAAGCAGCGCUAUUUAAAAUCUAUCUGUGAGGAAAUCCAUCAUUUCAAACUUGUUAAAAGGGUUGCUGUUCUUGUUUUAUAUAGCUACAAAGAAGACUACUACAAGAUUUUCCUUUGAGGGUCAAGAUUAAGGUGCACACAAAAGUGUCAUAUCUGUUUUGGAAACUGGAUUUUUGCUUUAGGUGCAUUUCCUUGUACCAUAUUAUAACUGCAGUUUAAAAAGUUAUCUGUGAAAAAGCAGUAUGCAUUUAAUAAUAAGGCUCAAAAUAACAUUUUUUCAAUGUGAUAGGAAAAAGAUGGAAGAGUUUACAGGUCUAGUUUCUGCCUGUUUUGCUGUAAGGUAGCAGGCAUGUAAUUUUUUUUAAAUUGAUUAUGUAUCAUUAAAAUGUUCAGUGAUUAGAUCAUCUGAAGAAUGAAAAAUACAUCACGUCAGAUUUGUAUUGUUAUACUGUAUUUAAGAGACUAGUUUUAUAUAAAAGGUGAUCUUGGUGAUGUGUCAUAUUAAAACAUACUCUAUUUUACCUUU